AUGUGGCAGACGCAUGGGGAGGACAAUAUGGGGGCGCUUGCGAUCUUACAUGAGGCUAAUCAUGAAUGGACCAACGUUAUCCGUCUUCGAGAAAUCACAAGAGACAUUUAUGGGGAGUAUGUCAACGCAAAACGUCACCGCGCGAACGGUCACCGCGUUCCUCCAGUCGACCAACGCGUUGACCUCGAAUACGAUGAUUAUGACGCUGAUCCUCCGUACGAUACCUUUCAGCAGAUAUUGAGAGCCGGCUGCCGUGAAUGCUUACACUUUCUCUAUCGAAAAAAUUUAAUUGGCUUACACGGGUUUGAUAAUGAGGGAAUGAGCUACGUCUGGCUCGCUACAAGAGAGUGCUGGGGAAACAACCCUGAUCUACUACUUUAUAUUGUACAACGUCUGCCCUGGGACCAUCUAGUGGGCAGUUCAGCGGUCUUUGUUAGAGAUCCUGACCACACGCCCCGGAUACCCGGUAUUCUUGCAGUCGUAGCAAAGUAUGAGAGAGCAGCUCGAGAAUGGGAGAGGCGGGUAAGAGCCAUUUUGAGGCAGCCGUUGGAGAUACCGUCGGACUGGAAAAGCUUAUGGGAGGCAGCAGAAUCCUGCGAUGUAGCAGUCUGGGCCGAUAAGGCCUUCUGCGACAGACUCCUGAAUCUAGGAAUUAAUGCCUAUAAAGCCUACGUCCAGAAUCCCACUACUGGUUUCGUUCGCAACAUGUGGACCCAUUUGAUUGAAAGGAAAUUCAGUGUCGGCGCACAUUCGAUUGUGUUCUAUCUCUUUACGAAUAGAAUACAUAUUCAUAUGAAAAUAUCACGUUUAACGAAUUAUGAAUGUCUUCCCGACAUUGACAGAAUCCUUGCUCCACCCUGGUAUCAUGCCAUAGCUCGGGGCAACGCCUAUAUUGCCCAUUAUUUUAGCGCGCGCGUGGAACCGGCUGCGAAUGCAGUGCAACAGUGCACCGUAUUUGAUGAUAAUGAUGAAUCUUAUAUAGUUUCCAUCGGUCAUGCGGCCGCAUAUCAGCUCAAUUUGCAUGGAUUGCAGAUGCUACGACGGUGGGUGCAAGCAGCAUGUAAUUACAUAACACUUCAUGAAGAUGAUCACGAUAUGCCUUGUUGGAUUCUUUUGGCGAUCUGCACUGCUGCGCAAGAGGGCCGCCGGAAAAGGUUGGCUGAGGCCGCGGAACGGAUAACUCUGACGCCGCAAUUGAAACGUCAGAUCCAGAAAGAAAGAGCUCAGGGUAUUAAAGAUAUGAUGGAGUUUGCCCGCCGGAUGAUUCGAUGUGUGUUGGAUGAGAGCAUUCGGAUUAUUGAUACUACAGCUGACGACCGGCCUCACCGGACUUUGUUCGAUACCGCUGCAUAUCAGGCAUGGCUUGUGGAUUUCCAUAGAGACCACGAGAGAGAUUUGGGAGGCAUUAAAGCAGUUGUUCCGCAACUUUAUUUACGGGAACCUCGCAAAGCCACUCGCAAUGCUCCUCCCCUGGACCUGAUGGAUACAUCAUGGUAG